AUGAAGAUUUUUUUGUUACUGGCUGUGCUGGCAACUGCAGCAACAGCUCAAAACUCUUUCCAGAACACGCGCUUUGACAUUCCAGUUGACCUGCCGGUUGAAGAUCCAUCAGUUCUGGCCCAGAUAGAAGGUGUUCCCAAUCACCACGUUAAAAAUGAGCUGAAGCCAGUGAAAAUCAAGAAAACUAUAAAUGAAGUUGACCGUCAACCUGCUGUAGUAGCUCCUCAGCCUGCAUUGCCUCAAGUAGCUCAACCUCAACCUGCACAAGUUGCAGUAGCUCCAACUCCAGCUCCAUUGUUCCCUGGUUUCCCACAAUUCCAGCUUCCCGGCUUCCCAGCGUUAACUUUACCAGGAUUUGCUGCACCAGCUCACCAAGGCUCAGCACUACCCGCACCUCCAGUGAACGCUCCAGUACCUACAGCUGAUGAUUAUGAUCAACCAAUGGAUAUUCCAACAGCUAUCAAGCCAACUACUAAAGGUCCUGGAAACAGAAAGAACAAGCAUCAGAACAACCAACCAACGACAGCAACCUCCCAACCAGCAGCUCCAACAACAGUAGCUCCAUUGGUUCUCGUGCAAAGCCAAGGACCAAGCACUCUUCCACCUACUUUUGGUCAACAGCCUAACAAUAAUCAAUUCUAUCAACAAUAUAAUCAACAAUACCAACAAUACCAACAACAGUAUCAACAGCAACAACAGCAACUCCAGAACCAAUUCGGACAACCCGCUCAACCCGCUCAACCUGCUCAAAUUCCUACCUUUGGACAACAGAAUGUUCAAAUAUUCGGUCAGCAACCAGUUGCUCCACAACAACAGAACUUCCAACAGCGUCCUACCAGUUUCCAAUCUCAAACGAUUCCACAAACUCAACCACAGCUCUUCCAACAACCUCAAGGACAACUGCAACAAACUUUCAUUACUAAUCCACCUACUGCUCCUGCUGUUACCCCACUACCAGCGCCUUCAGUGCAACAACCACCAUUCGCUCAGAUUCCUGUUCAGUUUGGAGCUCCAACACAAUUGAAUCUCAAUCCUGCAAUCAACCAGCAGUUAGCUGUAUCACCACCACAAUUCUCUGAGAACCCUACUGUAGUCCAACCAGCCGGAGCCGUCCAGAAACUUGUCAAGCCUAUCGAGAAUGUGGAUUAUGGAACCGCAAUCACUCCCAGCCGAGCAUCAAUCUGGUUCAAGGAACAAACAGAUUUAACAAGCUGUCGAGCUGAUCUGAACAACAUUGCCGAGAAGUUUAAAAACAAGUUCCCUGUUUAUCUCAGAAACGGAGGAAAGGAUGCCGAUCUGGCUGAACUUGUUCAACAAAGAAUUAACGAGUGUGAAAAGAAAUCAUCAGCUGGCCACUGGGAGAAAGUUGAUGGACUUUUGACAAAAAUUUCCCUGUCGAAGAGUGAAGAAGAUGAAUGUCGCGCUGGACUUGUACAAGAACGAAUCUCUUGUGAUAACUUGAUGAACUACACCUGCCAAUUCAUAGCGCCUGCCUAUCCAUUCAGAUUGGUCCCAGCCAGAAUCACAAUUCAGGAAGCUCGUCAAGCAGAGAGUGGAGCAGAAAAAUGUCGAAAAGUUGUUCGAUUAGUUAAGAAACGAUUGGAAGGUUAA